CAGUCUGCGAGAAGAUCAUGGAGCUGCUGGGGCAGAACGAGGUGGACCGCCGCCAGCGGAAGGUCCUCAUCCUCAGCCAGGACAGCUUCUACAAGGUGCUGACCGCCGACCAGAAGGCCAAGGCGCUGAAGGGGCAGUACAACUUCGACCACCCGGACGCUUUUGACAAUGACUUGAUGCAUACAACCCUGAAAAAUAUUGUUGAGGGCAAAACGGUCGAGGUACCAACCUACGACUUCGUGACCCAUUCUAGGCUGGCAGAGACGACAGUGGUCUAUCCCGCUGACGUUGUUCUCUUUGAGGGGAUCCUGGUUUUCUACAGUCAAGACAUUCGGGACAUGUUCCAUCUCCGGCUCUUUGUCGACACGGAUUCUGACGUCCGGCUGUCCCGCAGAGUUCUGCGAGAUAUGAAACGUGGGAGGGACCUUGAGCAGAUCCUCACCCAGUACACCACGUUCGUCAAGCCUGCCUUUGAGGAGUUCUGCUUGCCGACGAAGAAGUAUGCAGAUGUGAUCAUCCCCCGAGGAGUUGACAACAUGGUUGCUAUAAACCUCAUAGUGCAGCACAUUCAAGACAUCCUCAACGGAGACAUCUGCAAGUGGCAGCGAGGGGCAAUGAACGGACACGGUCGGACCUACAAGCGCCCAUUCCCUGAACAAACAGAGAGCAGCAGUGUGCUAGCGGCCGGCAAACGCUCCCACCUGGAGUCCAGUAGCCGUCCGCACUAACCUGUCAGCGUCUGAAGGAUUUGCCUCUGGUCCAGGCCAGCACCGAAGACAACUUUGGGAAAGGACUUCAACAGAAUGGUUGGUGAAGUGCCCUUUAAAUCAUCCUAGCAGCGGAGGGGAUACUGGUGCAAAACUUCUGGCGCAGGGGAGAGGAAGGAGUUGGCCUACAGCCCCUCUCCCCGCCAAACCCCCCUCCCUUUUCUCCCUACGGUGUCUGGAGUUAUGAUGUUACUUGAUGAACUGGUUAAAGGCAGUGCUUCUUGCCUUUUUUUAAUUUUCAAAAUGCGAUCUAAUGCCGAAGUCUCCCCUGAAAAUUAAGUGCUACCGGGUGAUUAGCAAGAUACCCCAUUUCCCCGAUUAUGAUCUUCCUUCAGGAAAAUUAGCGGCCUGUUUUUUCAAAAGAAAAAACAGUCUCUUUAUGCAAGACUAGCGCACACCCUGUUAAUUUUAACAAGCAGGUGCAGUCCUUACUCUUCUCUACCUUGUUGGGACCUUGAGUUCUGGCAUCGCGCUCCUUUUUAGCCUGUAGUAGCAUGUGGGGGCAGAAGGAUUGACCUGUAGAGGAAUCUCUCCCCUGAGAUAGAGAUGAAACAGAGACUGUCUCUGGGGCAAGUGGGAACUUACAGUUCACGGGGGACAGGCCCAAGAAGCUGUGUGGUUCCGGUUCCUAAUUGAUUCCUUUUUAAGCUCCCGAACCUUGCUACGCUGUAUGAUGAUUUUUUUGUACCCAGAUGGUCUCCUUUACCACAGUUACUGAAUGUGUGAGCUCCGACUGGAUUGAGUUGCUCGUGGAAACGGAACCCUGACCUUGUCAGUAUUAGUGUCUUGUAGGGUGUUUCUGUACUGCUGGUUGCAGAUUCUGCUGGGCGGAAUGCAUCCACUUCCAGAGCUGGGUGGUAAGGUCAGCAAGGGGGAAAGCUGUGAAUCGCAAGACCCUCCUUCUGAUGGCACAAGCAGCUCUCUGGACAUGCUUCCACCCUCAAACAGGGUCAAAGCGCUUGCCUUGCACUCAGGCGGUUUAAACUCCAGAUAUGUCUGUUUUUUUUCAAAAGAGCAGACAAGAGGCUGGAAGUAUAAACAGUGACAGCCCAGUUCCUGUAGCUUACCCCCGAUCAGUGAUACUGCAGCAACGUGAAGUUUCUGGGGGGGG